AUGACAAAUUGGCAACUCUUGAAUCAACCAAUCGAAAUCGAUUGGGAUUUUUCCUCCAAAGUUCAAGAUAUAAUGAAGAUUAGCGCUUUUUUGAUUCUCUUUGUAAGUAUUUUUGUGAACGCAUUCGCAAUCACAGCACCAUUAUUGAAUACUUUGUUGGCUUUUCAAGUUCGAAUACUGGCCACAAGUGAAUCCUUUUUUCAAAAUUCUUUUCGCGAUUUGCUACUUGAUCGACAAUAUUUGCCAGCUUCCAAACAUGAUCGAUGUCUUUCAGUUAUUGUCAUCAAUCGCUCACCAAAACACUCAAAAGUCUUGUCAAUGACUAUGUUUGGUACGGAGCUUUUCGGGAGAUCGCUCAAACCACUCAGCUACUCAUCUCAUUGGGCCGCUUCUUUGCCGUUUCUUUUGACGGUCAAUACUUUUGUUGAAAAAAGACGGGACAAUGAAUGUGAAUCGAGUGGAAAGUUUGCUGAUGAUACAGGCGAGUCGAUACUAAUU